CCCGGUGUUCAGGUGUCGCGUCGGUACCGCCUCUGUUUUCGCUCCAACAAAGUCGCGACAAACCUGCAGCUUUCAAACAGAAGCAAACACGCCUGAAAGUCCAAAUCAGCUGAAGGAUUGAAGGGUUUGAACUGGACAGAAAAGGGUUUCUAAAGACCUGGACACACCUGAACCUGAUUGAGCUCCAGGUGUAAAMACGAACCCGGACUUCCAGCGGGCGUCGUUUUGUUUGGAUCAUUAAACUCUUUAGUUUUUUGUUUUAUAAAAAUGAGUGUUUUGUGGACGUGCUGCGUUUUUCUGGCGGUCGGCUGCCUCGGAUCUGAACUCGGAGGUUUCAACAGAUGCGACCAAGUCCGGAAAGUUUUUCAGGUCCGACAAAUCGGACCGAGUCAGGGACUGCCUCCAGGUCCCAGACCAGGCUCCGACCUGCAGGUGUGCACGUCUAAAAACCUGACGUGCUGCACCAGAAAGAUGGAGGACAGGUACCAGCUGGCGGCCCGGCGGGACAUCCAGAACCUCCUGCAGAUGUACAGCAACGACCUGAAGACGCUGCUGUCACGCAACGUGGCUGCCUUUCAAGACACGUUUGAGGUUCUGCUGAAGCAGGGGGAGAACCACACCAACGCCUUCCUGCAGGCGUCCUAUCAGAAGAUGGCUGACCAGGCCGCGGAGACGGUGGGGGAGCUCUUCACCGACAUCGGGCUCUUCCUGCUGGGGUCCGAGGUGGACGUGGGUGGGUUCGUGCAGCGCUUCUUCGACGGCCUCCUCCCGCCGGUCUACGGCCACCUGGUAAACCCCGGAGCCGGCGACUUGCCGCCCGUUUACUCCGAGUGCGUGAGGUCGAUAAGCCGCGACGUCAGGCCGUUCGGCGCGGCGCCGGACCUCCUCGCCGAUCAGAUUACUCGCUCCGGGGUUUCUGGGAGGCUGCUGCUGGAAGCGCUGCACCUCGGCAUCGAGGUCAUCAAUACCACGGACCACUUACAGCUGAGCCGCGAGUGCAGGAGGGCUCUGCUCAAGAUGCACUACUGUCCUCACUGCCAGGUUCACAGGAAGUGUGGCACUCCGAGCAGGAGGACUGCUCAGCCGGUCAGUGUCCAGGAGAGCAAAGUGUCCACCCCGCUUAUAGCUUCUAACCGAGCAUCAGGAGCCUCGCUCGCUGGCAGGAGAAGGGAGUUUCUGAGCAGCCUGCGCUCCUACCUCACGUUCUACAUCGGCCUGCCGGAUCAGCUGUGUGUGCGUGAGCUGGCGUCUGGUGACGCACCCUGCUGGAAUGGGACCGACAUCGUGAAAAGCUACACGCUGCGUGUUGUUCGCAARGGGAUCAGAGCUCAAAGUGCCAACCCUGAAGUGAAAGUGAAGGGAGAAGACCCUCUGAUCAACCAGAUCAUCGACAAACUCAGACACGUCAGUCAGUUGCUGCAGGGAAAAUCCAUCCCCAAACUGGGCUCUCUGGACCAGAUCGAAACAGGAAGUGGAGACGCAGAGGGACGUUCCAGCGGCGACUGCGACGAUGAGGACGGCUGUGGAGGUUCAGGCGGAGGGGAGGUCAAGAGGAAAUACUUUAAAGUCUCCAAAUCGAGUCCAGAUGUGACCGGUGAUUACAAACAUCAUCAUUAUCAUCAUCCACCUGCCAAGGAUUCAAAAAUAGACGGCGGCUCUGGCAGCGUCAGACUAACCGGAGCCAUCUGGGUCCCGGUGUUGGCUUGUUUACAUAUGAUCCUGGACUUAUAACAGCUGUCAUUUUGCAACAUUAAACUUUGAAUCUUAAUUUUUAAGCUUAUUUAUCCAGAAAUAAAAAAAAGAGCCCGUGGAUGUAAGUAGCUGCAAAUCAUUAAAGACUUUCUGUUCCACCUGCAAGACUCGACAACCAAGCAUGACGUGGAAAGAUGGAACUCGUAUAAAAAAA